UGCAUCCUAUUUCGAAUCGCCAUUGAAGAACGAUCACUGUACUUCACCUUAGAGAUCCUAAACACACUUCAAAACGCAUGCAAUUUCUCCUUCUCUUCAUUCAACCGAUACACACGUCGGCGGUGAUCAUAUCUUCAGCCGGAGGCUCCGACCAGGGAAAAUCUUAAGCCGUGGCUCAUCCGUCAUCGCAACACCAACAGAACAACAACCACCUCUUCAGAAGAAGAACCGCUUCUUCUAAUUCAUCGGAUUCACCGUCAUCAACCCCUACUCAAUUAUCGUCGUCGAAAUCGGAUCUACACCUAUCGCUUUGGCCACGAAAUAAGUUACUCGUAAUUUUACUUUUAAUGGCGUUAUCGUUCUUCUUCGGUAUCACUGUUUUCCUAUUCAUAACCCUAGAAUCAGAUCACUUGACGUCUCAUGUCGACGCUGCCACUUCCGAAGGCGUAGAGGUUUCUUACGGAUCGGUGAUCAAACUGAUGCAUGAAAAGACAAAAUUCAGGCUGCAUUCGCACCCAGUACCAUAUGGAUCAGGCAGUGGGCAGCAAUCUGUAACCAGUUUCUCCAAAGUCAAUGAUGCUAAUAGCUAUUGGGUUGUUGGGCCUACUCUUGAGACAUCUGUAAAACAGGGAGAAAGUAUAAAAAGUGGGACCAUUAUUAGACUGCAACACCUCAAAACAAGAAAAUGGCUCCAUAGCCAUUUGCAUGCUUCCCCACUUUCAGGCAAUCUUGAGGUGAGUUGCUUUGGAGAUGGUGGUAGAUCAGAUAGUGGAGAUCAUUGGAAACUUGUAAUUGAGGGAAGUGAGAAAAGUUGGAAGCAAGAUCAAAAAAUAAGACUUCAUCAUGUUGACACGAGUGGAUAUCUUCAUAGCCAUGACAAGAAAUAUAGAGGCGUUGCUGGUGGUCAGCAAGAGGUUUGUGGUGUAAAGGAGAAAAGUGGGGAUAGUAUCUGGUUAGCAACAGAGGGCAUCUUUUUCACGACUAAUGAAAAGAAAUGA